GAGAUCAUUCACGUUCAAGCUGGUCAAUGUGGUAACCAGAUUGGUCAAAAAUUCUGGGAAACUAUCAGUCAAGAGCACGGCAUCGACCCCAACGGUAACUACUGCGGUGAUAACAAUUUGCAAUUGGAACGUAUCAACGUCUUCUACAAUGAGGGCUAUCAAGGCAAAUAUGUACCGAGAGCCGUGCUUGUCGAUCUCGAACCUGCCACGAUGGAUGCUAUCCGUGGUAGCACCUACGGCAAGAUCUUCCGUCCUGAUAACUUUAUCAACGCCCAAUCCGGUGCCGGUAACUCGUGGGCCAAGGGUUAUUAUACUGAGGGUGCCGAAUUAGUUGAGACCAUCAUGGAUGUGGUCCGCAAGGAAGCCGAGAACACCGACUGUCUUCAAGGUUUCCAGCUUGCCCAUUCGCUUGGUGGUGGCACUGGUUCCGGCUUGGGAUCUUUGCUGCUCUCGAAAAUUCGCGAAGAAUAUCCCGACAGAAUCCUCAGCACAUAUUCCGUUGUACCAUCUCCCAAAGUUUCGGACACAGUUGUGGAACCUUACAAUGCUGUUUUGUCCGUCCACCAGUUGGUAGAGAAUUGUGAUGCUACCUUCUGUAUCGAUAACGAAGCAUUGUACGAUAUUUGUUUCCGUACUUUGAAGCUCACCAACCCCGACUAUGGUGAUCUUAACCAGCUUGUUUCCGCCGUGAUGUCCGGUGUCUCCACCAGCUUGCGUUUCCCCGGUCAAUUGAACUCUGAUUUGCGAAAGGUUUGCGUUAACAUGGUUCCCUUCCCUCGUCUUCAUUUCUUCAUGGUCGGUGUUGCACCUUUGACUGCUUUUGCUUCGCAACAAUAUCGCAAUUUGAGCGUUCCUGAACUUACUGCGCAAAUGUUCGAUGCCCGCAACAUGAUGGCUGCAUCCGAUCCCCGUCACGGUCGUUACUUGACUGUUGCCACCAUCUUCCGUGGUCGCUUGUCCACAAAGGAAGUCGAAAACCAAAUGUUGGCUGUUCAGCAAAAGAACUCGUCCUACUUUGUUGAAUGGAUUCCCAACAGUGUCAAGUCGUCUCUCUGCGAUAUCCCUCCUGUCGGAUUGAAGAUGUCCGGUACUUUCAUUGGCAACAGCACUGCUAUUCAGGAUCUCUUCAAGCGUGUCAAUGAACAAUUCACAGCCAUGUUCAGACGCAAAGCUUUCUUGCAUUGGUAUACUGGCGAGGGUAUGGAUGAGAUGGAAUUCACCGAGGCUGAGUCCAAUAUGAACGAUCUCGUGUCCGAAUAUCAGCAGUAUCAAGAAGCCACCAUUGAUGAAGAUUACGACGAAGAAUAUAUCGAAGACGAAGAUGAGAUGCCUAUGGAAGAGUAAGAUAACACAUACUCUUUAUGCAAAACGAAAUAUCAAAAACAACCGCUUGAGAACAAAUUGGUGCUGGGUUAUUUACCAAACAAAUAAUCUUGCCCAGUUUUCUCUUUUUCUCAGCGUAAUAUCAUUCAUGUCUAGAAGAUUAGAAACGAAAAAAUCGUUCUUUAUGCUUUCCUAUUAUUUCCCCCUUUUUUGUUGCAACACACAAUAGAAGUUCUUGAUUUUCAUAAGAUACAUACACCGGCCUUUUCCAACGUUUCAAACAACAACGCAU